AUGCGAAAUGAAGAAUUUCAAAAUGUGAUUUUCCAUAUUUUAAACAUUAUUCAAAAAAAGAAGGAAUUAACAGUGUGCACAUCUUUAUUUAAAUUAAGUAUUUAUAUAUAUCCUUGGAAACUCUGCACUAAAAUAUGCUUCAAAUCAUCUAAAAAUGAAUUUUACUCUGCAGCAGAACAUCAAUUUCUGCUUACUUUUCUGGAUAACAAUCAAAAAGUAACUGAAUCUUCACAUAUUGUAGAAAAUAUCCAUAAAGAAAGGAUCCAUAAUUCUGAUAAUUCAUCAGAUAUUCUUAUUGUGGAUUCAGAAAUUACUGAAAUAAAGGAAAGGCUACCCACAAAUGGCGAUUUUGAGAAUGCAGCCAAAAAAUUAAAAGUCUGUAAAAUGGAAGAAGAAAGGUUAAAGAAAUUAUCAAACAUUCCGAUACUUGAAAUUCCGAAAGUGCAGAAUCCUAAAGAGCAUACGAAGAAAGAGAAAGGGAUACUUUUUCGAAUUUUCAGAUAUAUUUUUGGAUGAAAGACUUGAUGUAAUGAAUUUUCACCAAAUUAAGAUUUGGAAAUUAAAGUUGGCAAUGCUACAGAAAUUUUUAUUGCAUAGGAUUUUUCAAACUGAAAAUCAUUGGCAUA